AUGAUUACAUGUAUCAUCGGGCCUCUAUACCCCGAAGAGGUUGCUGACAUGGGCUUAACUCAGGAGCUCGAAGAGCUCAUCAAGAACAACGACGCCGAUGGCCUGGAAGCCAAGUUCACCAAGCAAGGACGCCCUCGAAAAGGGACAAGAGCUAUUACACAGAAAGAUAAGAAUCAUUGUCUUGAUGUGGCGAUGCCACAGGCGGAUUUCGACGUCCUCGAAGUAUUGUUCAGACAUGAGGCGAAGUUGACGCGUCAUUCAUUUGAUGCUGCGUUGGAGAGGGGAAACCAGGACACGAGCUUACUGGAUCUGAUGCUCAAGUGGGGAUGGGCUUCGAUCUAUGAAGAGAACACUCUUCGCUGGGUGCUAGAACACGGCGCAGAGCUGAAUGUCGUCUCGAAUCCCCGGUUGGUAGGCUCAUGCGCAGACUUCGCUACACCGUUACAGAAGGCGGCUUCGUGUGGCUCGGUGAAGGCCAUGGACAUUUUGCUUGAGUUUGGCGCCAGACCGGAUGCGUCGGUCAUCUUUCAUGCUAUCCGCUCGCAGGUUACCGAAUCGGUGAAGUUUUUGCUUGCAAAGGGUGUACCUGCGGAUGUUGUGUCGCAGAGAUGGGGUACGCCGCUGAAGUGCGCUGUUCGGUGCCGUAAUGCAGAGGCGGUGGAGGUUUUGCUCGAAUAUGGUGCAGAUCCCGAGGAAGCGUGGGUGUGUGGAGUUGGCGGAGAUGUUGGAAGCGAGGAUGAAGAGGAGAAGUCGGAGGAUCAGGGGGAUUAG